AUGACCCCACAACACCACACAACGCCCACAACACCACACACGCCCCACAACGCCCCACAGCACCCCCAACACCACACAACGGCCCACGACACCCCACAAAGUCCCACAACACCCACUAACGCCCCACAACGCCCUACAACCGCCCCACAACGCCACACACUACGCUCCCACGACACCACACGGCGCUCCCACGACACCACUGACACCCACAACGCCCCACAACACCACCAACGCCCUGACACCACACACGGCCCCUACAACGCCACACUAACGCCACACAACGCCCACAAUGCUCCCGCACAACACCACACAGCGCUACAACACCACGACGCCCCACGACACCACAACAGCUCCCACGACACCACACGACGCCCACAACACCACAUAGCGCCCACAACGCCCACAACACCGCACAACGCCCCACAACGCCCUACAACACCACACAACGCCCCACACCACACAACGCCACACAACGCCCACAACACCACACAACGCCCCCACAACACCACACAACGCCCCACAACGCCACACAAUGCCCUGACAAUGCCCCACAUGCCCCACAACACCACACAAAGCCCCACAACGCCCCUACAACGCCCACAACACCACACGACGCCCCACAACACCACACAACGCCCUCUGACACCACACACAACGCCCCACAACGCCUACAACACCACACACGCCCCACAACACCACAACGCCCCACAACACCACACAACGCCACACAACGCCCACAAUGCCCUACAACACCACACACGCCCACAACACCACAACGACGCCCCCACAACACCACCACAACGCCCACAACACCACACACGACAGCCCCACAACACCACAUAA